CAUAUUUUCAAAAUAUUCUAUCCGAACAAAUGAGCAAAUACAAUUUAAAAUAUGAACUAUUUAGAACUAACUCUGGGACUUUAUAUCAAAUGGAAGAAGAAUAAGGAUAAAAAAAAACAAAUUUUUACGCUUAUAAUUUACAGCCGAGUUUUCAAUAAUUGUGUCUUAAAAAAGAGGAAUAGAUAGCAAAUGGUAGGUGUUUAAGGAAAUACUUAAGGUAAAUCGAUUACAAUGAUUAAAAAUAUAUUCUGUUUGAAUUUAUUGAAGGGGAAUCCUUAGAAAGACUAAUACUUAAUUAUAGAGGGAAAUAAGAGUCAAUAAGUCUUGAGAUUAUAAAGUAAAUUUUAAUUUAGAUACUUGAUACAUUAUUUUAGCUGCAUUAAAAUAAUAUAUUGGGCAGAGUAUUUUCGACUAAAAAUAUAAUGACUUGCAAAGGGUAACUUUUAUUCUUGGACUUUGGUUUUGGGCCAAAAAUAGUGAAUUAAGACUUAGAUAUAAUUGCUCCCCCAGAAAUAAUUAAAAAUUUUAAUGAAGGUAUGUAUCAAUCAUCAAUAAAUUGUAGUGGAAUAAUCUUCUUUAAAAUAUGAUAUGAAAAUUGAUUCAUGGUUAUUAGGAGCAGUGCUGUAUCAUUUAGUUAAGUUAAGUCCUAUUAAUUCAAUAUAAAUUGAAAAAAAAAAACUAAAAUAAAUGCUGUAUAAGGAUGUCAAAGAAUAUACUAAUUAUCUAACAACAUAAAUGCAAAAUUUAGAUCAUAUAGUAGCAUUUACAGAUAGAUACCCUAAAGAAUUUUGUUCCUUUAUUGAAGGACUUCUUACAUACGAUGUAAAUAAAAGGUUAUCUUUUGCUUAAAUUUAUAAAAAUCAAUUUAUUAAGAGCUUAAAUCUUCCAAAAUACUCUGAUCAAUUGAAAUUCUAUGAAUAAUAUGAUGAUUAAUUGUUGAUUAAAGAAAUAAAUACUCUAGAAAAUCGUACUUCUGAAUUAUUAUACACUAAAGAAUUACGAAAAUCUUAAAGAGAUGAUGAGAUUAAUUAAUAUGAUAAUUUUUCAAGGAAAAGCUAUAAAGAGCAAACAUAAACUUCAGCAUGGGAUUCCUAAUUGUAAAAUUAUUAAUCAAAUAUUAUAGAAUUCCUCCUUUAGAAUUAGAAAGUAAAUAAAAUUUAUUAUACCCAUAACCUUUUAAAUUUCCUUCUUCUACAUCCAGUUAAGAUGAUUUUUAAGGGAAUGAUUAAGAUAAUAUUGAAAAAUAGUUUCCUCAUGAAAUUUAAGGUCAAAAUGUAAAUUUUUGCUCUAUUAGUAGGAAUCAAAAUUUUAUUAAAUCUGGUAGUUCAUAAGAAUGGAAUAAUUUAGAUUUACAUUUUUAGAAAAAACAGCUGAUGAUUUUGUAGUGGAAUUAUAAAAAAAAAAUUAUUAAUUAGAGUAUCUCUUUGCUUAUUUUUUAAAAAAGAUGGGUUAUCUUAUUUUGGUUGAAUUAUUGCGAAAAAUAAACGAAGAUGUUUGCCCAUGGAUAUGCAACAAUGAUUAAUUAGACAUUUGGAAAGAAUUUAAGAGAGAUUCUUAAAAAGCUAUACUGGAGGGUAAUAUUAAAAAAAAAAUUACACAGUUGGAAAUAAUUCUAAGAGAAAUGUUUUUUAAGGAUUGCAAAAUUUAUUUAAAAGAUGAUAGAAUUGAGAAAGUUGUAAGAGAUUAAUUGUAAGCAGAUGCAGAUUGUUUUUAAAGAUAAAAAAUUGAUGAAACUUCUGUUUAUAAAUGUUGUUCUGAUGAAUUCUUGAAAAAUGGAUAUCGAUAAUUGAUACAAACAACUUCCAAGUUUGUGGAAAGAGAAAUGAAACUUGGUUAAAAACCAGAAUUAAAAUAUAACACUUUAUUAUUAAAAGCCAUUACAUGCCAUUUAAUUAAUCGAAUAUUCCAUCUAAAUAAAGUUUCACUUUCUUUUUAAGGUAUAAUAAAAAACAAAAAUAAGACAGAUCUAAUUACUCCUAAUGAAAUUUAUCAAUACAUUUGUCGAGAUAAUGCAGAACAAGAGAAAUUAUAAGAUGUUAAAUAAAUUUGGAAGGUAAAUUUUUAAUCUGAAUGA